AUGGCCGCGCUCGGGGGUCUCUGGCCCGAGGUGCGGGACGCCGGCACCUCGCUGGCGCUGAUGCUGGCGCUCGUGCUGUCCAUGGGGGUGGGCCGGGUGGUCACCCGGCAGCAGCUGCACAGGCCCAUGGCCCACGCCUUCGUCUUGGAGUUUCUGGCCACCUUCCAGCUCUGCUGCUGCACCCAUGAGCUGCAGGUGCUGAGCGAGCAGGAACCCAUGCACCCUACCUGGCCGCUGAUGCUGGUCUACUUCUUCUCGUUGGUGCAUGGCUUGACUCUGGUGGGCACCUCCAGUAACCCCUGCGGCAUAAUGAUGCAGCUCAUGCUGGGGGGCAUGUCCCCGGAGAUGGGUGCGAUGAGGCUGUUGGCUCAGCUGAUGGGCGCCCUGAGCAGCAGGUACUGCGUAGGCCUCCUGUGGAGCCUGGGGUUGACCAGCUAUCACGACAGCGAGAGGACCUUGGCUUGCAGGAGUCCCAUCCAGGUCGACUUGCCCAAAGCGGUCAUCGUGGAGACCAUGUGCUCCUUUAUCUUCCACAGCGCGCUGCUGCACUUCCAGGAGCUCAGGACCAAGCUUCGCAUCCACCUGCUGGCAGCACUCAUCACCUUUUUGGUCUAUGCAGGAGGAAAUCUAACAGGAGCUGUAUUUAAUCCAAUUUUGGCACUUUCACUACAUUUCAAGUGUUUUGAUGAAGCAUUCGUUCAAUUUUUUAUUGUAUAUUGGCUGGCUCCUUCUUUAGGUAUAUUGUUGAUGAUUUUGAUGUUCAGCUUUUUCCUUCCAUGGCUGUAUAACCACCAGACAAUUAAUAAAAAGGAGUAACUAUUCCCAAUGACUCAGGCUUAGUUAUAGGACAGUCAAGCGGGAUGUGAUAAAGAUUUUAUCACUUCAUAUUCAACACAAUGACUGCACUGAAUUCAUCUAUGUUAGUGUCCUUUGAGGAAGCUGCUUUAUAAUUUCCAUCACUGGGACUUUAAAAAAUUACUGUGAAAAUGAGUUUUCCUGUGUUUCUCUGUGAAGAUGUGUUCUUUCACAUGUGUAUUAAUGCUGCUAGAAAAGACUCAUUAAAUAUAAAUCUCAA